AUGUUGAGGGCCGCGGUCGGUCGUCGCCGGUGGAGCCCGGAGUUGUCCCGGGGGAUCGGCGUGGGUGAGGAAGGGCUGUCCAGUGUAGACUUGGCUGAGUGUUAUCCUGGGGCGUUAGAAACUUUACAUGUUAACGACGCGGUGUUUGAAGCAGUGCAUGCUGUUUCUUGGUUAAGCCAGCGCAAAAUUGGAGAUAAGUGCAGUGAAGGGUACCAGGAUAGUCCUCGGGAGUACACAGACUCCAGAGGCUUCCUCCUGCAACUGUGUACUUUCUGGAAGGAAGCUAAGGACUUUGGGGCUCGUGGUUGCUUUAAGUGGUUUGGACAUCUAAAUGUGGCCCACAUCUUGCUGGAGAAUGGUGCUGAUCUCAAUGCGCAGAACAAGUUAGGAGCCAGUGUCCUCACAAUGGCUUCCAGAGGCGGUCACAUCAGCAUGGUGAAAUUCUUGCUGGAAUCCGGAGCUUUUGUGGACAAUUACGACCAUUUUAGCACAAAUGUACUUAACAGCAGCAGAGACGACCUUCCUGAUAUCACUCCACUGAUGGCAGCUGCUCAGCAUGGGCAUGAGGCAGUAGUACAUCUGCUGCUAGACUGGGGAGCUGAUUGUAACUACUCUUUAAAGACAAUGGGCUGGAGUCCUUUAAUGCUGGCAGCUGUUAGUGGAAAGGUGUGCUUGGCACAGCAGCUCAUAGAGAAAGGUGCCAAUCCUGAUCACUUGAAUGUACUACAUAAAACACCUUUUGAAAUCUCUGUUGGUUUCAAACACAAAGACAUGAAGGACUAUUUGGAAUCUCUCACAACCAUCAGGCCUCAGGCAGAUUCAGAAAAGAGUCAACCUGAUGUCUUUAAUGCUUUGAAACUCGGAAACUUUCAGCUGGUUAAAGAGAUCAUUGAUGAAGAUCUGAGUCAGGUUAAUAUUACCAAUGUUGACGGUGCAUCUCCUUUAAUGAUUGCAGCUGUAACUGGGCAGCUGCCCCUUGUUCAGCUCCUUGUUGAGAAAAAGGCUGAUAUUGAUAAACAGGAUAAUGUUCAUGGCUGGACAGCACUAAUGCAGGCCACGUACCAUGGAAACAAAAACGUUGUAAAGUACUUGUUAAAUCAGGGAGCUGAUGUUAACCUUCGUGCAAGAAAUGGAUACACAGCUUUUGAUCUGAUAAUGCUGCUGAAUGAUCCAGACACAGAGCUUGUAAGGUUACUGGCAUCAGCAUGCAUGCAAGUAGAUAAAGACAAGAAUAAACUGAACAACAGAUCAUCUCUGCCUUGUUCCAGAAGCAGGCAAUCCUUAAAUGUCCCAAUGUUGCCAGAUGACAAAGGAGGCCUAAAGUCCUGGUGGAGCAGGAUGUCCAAUCGAUUCCGCAAGCUGAAGUUGACUCAGACAUUGCGCCAUGGGUUUCCUUCUAAUGAGUUUGUGCCUUUUCCGGAUGAGACCGAACCAUCAUUAAAUUGCACUAUAAAAGUAGCCUCACAGAGUGAUACAGACACCUCUGGAAACCUUGAUGCUGCUACAGCUUGGACCACAAAUAACAAAGCUAGUGGUGCAAACACUUCAAAAGGCGGAAAGGAUGAUGAAUUAUUGACAACUAUGCUGAGGAGUAGUGCUCCAUUUACCAGGCUGCCCAGUGAUAAGCUGAAAGCAGUGAUACCACCUUUCUUACCACCCUCAAGCUUUGAACUUUGGAAUUCUGACCGAACCCGACUCGGCAAAGAUGGCAAAGCUGAACAAAUGAGAACUGCCUGGCCACAGAGAGCAAUCAAGCACGAUUUUAACAGCAGUGGGAACUCUGAUACAACAUCUGUUAGCAAAGGUACUAGGCCAGUCAAGUUAUCAACGUUUACAAGAAGACCAGCAUCUCCUUCAAAUUCCAACAACUUCAACCAUUCUCCCCAUUCUUCUGGUGGUUCCAAUAACAUUGCAGGAAUUAACAGACAUGGAGGAGAACUGCAUAAUAGAUCAGGUGGGAGUGCAGAUAACGUUUUGUCUCAGAUUGCAGCCCAAAGAAGAAAAGCAGCAGGCUUACCUGAACAGAAACCCAGCCAACAGUCCAGUCCAGUCCAGUCAACUCCUUCAUCUACCAUGUUGGAUUUGCAGAGUGCUCAGAUUGUCGGCAAUGGACAUGUUGUAAAGCAAAAACUGGAGAUGAACAAAAGACCUCCAUCUGGGACUUCAUCUACGUCUAAAAGCACAUCACCAACUCUCACACCUUCUCCAUCACCUUCCCCAUCUCCUAAGGUUCAAAAUGCAGAGUCUUCUGUCUCUUCUCAUAGACAUGCCAAGAGCAAUGGCUCCAGCAGUGGUACUAUUACAGAGGAUGGCAACCACUUGGUGGACCAUCAACAGCUUGGCCCUAUUCUGAGAGCCAGUGACGUAGAGAAUCAAGAAAGACGAAACCAUGUUAGAGUGAAAGAAGGCUCUGAAAACCUGGAGAAAGAUGAGCUGACUGGCAUCCUUAAAAAAUUGUCACUUGAGAAAUAUCAGCCUAUAUUUGAGGAACAGGAGGUAGAUAUGGAAGCUUUCCUCACACUUACUGAUGGUGAUUUGAAAGAGCUGGGUAUUAAAACAGAUGGAUCAAGGCAGCAAAUUUUGGCAGCUAUUUCUGAACUGAAUGCAGGAAAGGGUCGAGAGAGACAGAUUUUACAAGAAACUAUACACAACUUCCACUCUUCCUUUGAGAGUAGUGUUAGUAACACACGACAGCCAGGUCAUUCCCAAUCUCCUGGCUGCUCUUUAAAACCACAGGACGCCAUUUCUUCUAAAAGGUAGCUACUGGAACAGAAGUGUUUGUUGUUUUUUUUUAUGGUGAAGUUUGGCAUCCGACUAAGUAAAUCCAUACAAAUCCUUACUGGUGAAAAUUUGAAGUUAGUUCUGACUACACU